AUGGAAGAAGAAGAUUUCUAUUUUCCCGACACCGAUCUUGAUCUUAGCUUCACCUCCACCGUCACCGACCGUACAUUCGCCUCCUCGAGCGGUCGUUCAAGCCUCACCUUAAGCUUCAACGACAGACUUUCCACUUCCUCCGCCAUAACAACCUCUUCCACCUCCACCGUCAACCACCGUCGUCAAGAUCCUCACUGGUCAGCAAUCAAAUCGGCGAAACUUCUCUCAUCCGACGGAACCAUCCACCUCCGUCACCUGAAACUUAUACGCCACCUCGGCACCGGAAACCUAGGCCGAGUCUUCCUCUGCAACCUCCGUGGCGACUCCUCCGCAAGAUUUGCCCUAAAGGUCAUCGACCGGAAUAAUCUGACGACGGCCAAGAAGCUCUCUCAGGUCGAGACGGAGGCUGAGAUCCUCUCCUUGCUAGACCACCCUUUCCUCCCUACGCUCUACGCUCGUAUCGAUGAAUCUCACUACACGUGUCUCCUCAUUGAUUAUGCACCAAACGGAGACUUACAUUCCUUGAUACGCAAGCAACCUGGUAACCGUUUACCGAUUCAGCCGGUUAGGUUUUUCGCCGCCGAAGUUCUCGUUGCUUUAGAGUAUCUUCACGCAAUGGGAAUCGUGUACCGGGAUCUCAAACCGGAGAACGUUUUGCUACGUGAAGAUGGACACGUCAUGUUGUCAGAUUUCGAUCUUUGUUUUAAAUCCGACGUUGUACCCACUUUCAAAUCUCGCCGCUACCGGAGAACUUGUUCUUCUUCGCCUUCUCUUCGUCGUCGCAAGAGCGGUUGUUUCUCCGGGGAGAAAAAAUACGAGAGGGAGGAGAUCGUUGCGGAGUUUACGGCGGAGCCGGUGAGUGCGUUUUCACGUUCUUGCGUCGGAACACAUGAGUACCUUGCGCCGGAGUUAAUCUCCGUCAACGGACACGGAAGUGGAGUUGAUUGGUGGGCGUUCGGAAUAUUCCUUUACGAGUUGUUGUACGGAACGACACCGUUUAAAGGAGGUAGCAAAGAGCAAACCCUGCGCAAUAUAGCAUCGAGCGACAAGACCGUAAAUUUCCACGUGGACGACAGUGAUUCGGAGGAAGCGAGGGACUUGAUAGAGAAGCUUUUGGUUAAGGACCCGAGGAAGAGGCUAGGAUGCGCCAGGGGUGCGCAGGAUAUUAAACGUCAUGCGUUCUUCGAUGGGAUUAAGUGGCCGUUGAUUAGGCAUUAUAAACCACCGGAGGAAGUUAGAGGUCUUGUGGUUAAGAAGUCGACGAGAGCACAUGGUGGGCACGUGAUCGCCGUUUCACCGCGACUGAAGAAGUGGGUUUUGUGGAGGGCAUUGUGUAAUUUACUGCGCGGUAAAAGCUCUUAUGGUGGAAGUAAAAAUCAGAGCAAUAGUAAUUACUAUCAUUAUAUUGGCAAAAGCUACGCGAGUCGUAAACGCGUUUAA